UGAAAAUAAGACAUAGUUCUGCCUCUGCUGCAAGCUUCAUAUACCUGUAUAGGCUAUAUUCCGAGCUAUAACCACUCCAUUUAUUAGAAAGACAAUAUACAUCCGGAUUUGAAUCCGCAACCAUAGCACCAAAAUGGCUGAGACUUAGACCACUAAACUAAACUCGUGCAGCUUUAACAGGAUUGUUAGAAGCCGCCGGUAAUGAUGCCAAAUAACCGUAAUUUGAUAUGAACCAGUUGAAGAAAAUUCACGCUUACACUCUUCGAAAUGGCAUAGACUACAAUAAAACUCUCGUCGAAAAGCUUCUCCAAAUCCCGAACAUUCCAUAUGCACACAGCCUGUUCGACCUUAUUCCCUACCCAAAUGUCUUCCUUUACAACAAGCUUAUCCAAGCUUACUCCUAUCAGAACCAGCCUCACCAAUCCCUCCAUCUAUACUACCAAAUGCGCUUCAGGAACUGCACUCCAAACGAACAUACUUUCACAUUCAUCUUCGCCGCGUGCGCCUCGUUCCGCUCUCCUCUCCACGCCCAAAUACUUCACACUCAAUUCGUCAAGUCGGGUUUCAAAUUUGAUGUCUUCUGCUUGACUGCUUUAGUCGACAUGUAUGCCAAAUUGGGCAUGUUCAAACUUGCACACAAAGUGUUUGAUGGAAAAACUGUUAGAGAUAUACCGACUUGGAAUGCGUUAAUUGCUGGGUAUUCGAGGUCUGGGGAUAUGGAGGGAGCGUCAAAAGUGUUUGAACUAAUGCCUGAGAGGAAUGUGGUUUCGUGGACUGCGAUGAUAUCCGGGUACUCGCAGAAUGGACAGUAUGCUAAGGCAUUAGGAAUGUUUCUAAAGAUGGAGAAGGUGCGAGGUUUAAGACCGAACCAAGUGACUCUUGCUAGUGUACUUCCAGCUUGUGCAAAUCUUGGAGCAUUGGAAGUUGGGGAGAGGAUAGAAAUAUAUGCUAGAGAAAAUGGACUGUUAAGGAAUUUAUACGUAAGCAAUUCGUUAUUGGAGAUGUAUGCAAGGUGCGGAAAAAUUGACGCGGCUAGGCAAGUUUUCGAUAAGAUUAUUGGCAAGAGGAGAAACUUGUGCUCUUGGAAUUCAAUGAUCAUGGGUUUGGCUAUCCAUGGGAGAAGCAACGACGCGUUCCAUCUUUAUAACGAAAUGAUUAGAGAAGGUACUGCUCCUGAUGAUGUUACAAUUGUCGGAGUUCUCUUGGCGUGCACUCAUGGGGGCAUGGUUAUAAAAGGUCGGCAAAUUUUCGAAUCGAUGGAAAACAAGUUUAAGAUUUUUCCCAAAUUGGAACACUACGGUUGCAUGGUUGAUCUCCUAGGGCGAGCCGGGGAGCUACGAGAAGCCUAUAAUCUCAUAAAGACUAUGCCAAUGAAGCCAGAUUCUGUAAUAUGGGGAACAUUACUUGGAGCUUGCAGUUUCUAUAAAAAUGUCGAGUUUGCAGAGAUAGCAGCCGAGUCUCUCUUCAAACUAGAGCCGUGGAAUCCAGGGAACUACGUAAUUCUUUCCAAUAUAUACGCGUCGGUAGGGCUAUGGGAUGGCGUUGCAAAUCUUAGAAAGCUGAUGAAGGGUGGCCAUAUUACAAAAGCAGCAGGAUAUAGUUUAAUUGAAGGAGGAGGUGAAAUUAAAAAAUUUAUUGUGGAAGAUUCAUCACACUCCAGGUCUGAUGAGAUACAUACACUAUUAAAUGAAAUUUCAGCUAAAAUAAAGCAACCAAUAAAUCUGGAUUUUUUUGUACAUCAACUUGAAUUUUUUGAUUAAAUCUUUUCAUUACUCAA